UCGACCCAUAACGCGAUGCCAUUUGAUUAGUUAAAAGAUUGAUCACCAAUCAGGGUGCGAACCAAGGCAUAUAUAAAACAUCAACGCGGCCCAUAACUYAUUCACUUGGAGUAGGACUCGACCUCAAAAUGUUGCCGAACAGUGCCACUCUGUUUGUUGGUCUUGUCGUCUUGUGUUGUCAAGUUUUUGUGGAUAGUAAAUGGACUUGCAGUGAUUGUGCAGUUCAGUACAGAGCAAUAGGCUGCUAUCAAGACCAUUUUAAAAGACCUCUGCCCUUCGAAAUUCUGAAUGAACGAGACGUCACUAGUAAAGUCUAUGGAGGAAGGAGGAUCGACUGGAAUAACUGGAAUUCCUACAUGCCACAAUUUGCCUGCAGAUGUGCACAGCUUGCUAAAGCGAAAGGGUACACUAUAUUUGGACUACAAUUUUUCGGAGAAUGCUGGAGUGGCCCUACUUUAGAUUACAAAUCCGUUGGAGAAGCAACGAAUGGAUAUGAUUGCCUAGGACCAGAUUAUAAACCMUGCUCCGUAUGGGACCGGCAUUGCAUUGGAACACAAGAAAUGAACUAUAUUUACGAAAUCGUUCCUGACUGCGACAUACCAUUGGAAACGGUCGGUUGUUAUAAAGACAGUCACACGAAAAAUUCCCGACCACUGCCAUUGUAUCCUUUGACUGAUCGAGACAAUACAAUAAAGACCUUUUCUGGUAGAUCAAUUGAUUGGAGGAACUGGGACACCUACAUGCCAGAGUUCGCCUGUCGCUGUGCGCAUAAAGCAAAGGAGAUGGGAAAAACAACAUUUGGUGUUCAAUAUUAUGGUGAAUGCUGGACCGCUGAUGACAGUGAUGUCUCGUACGGAAAAGAUGGAACUUCAGGAAACUGCAUUGAUCAGUGCUACGAGAGCUGUAAGCCAUACAGCAGAUACUGCUCUGGGAAACAGUUUGCAAACUUUGUUUAUCGGCUUGCAGAAAGCCCAUGUGAAUGGAAAACAACUCCAGUUGGCUGUUACAAAGAAGACACCUCAUCACGAGCCCUGUCUAUUGAACUGCUGGAUGAGCGCGGACCACUUUCAAAGUCGAGCGCUUUCCAUGGAAACAUAUUCGAUCCCAAAAAGUGGAGUUCUGAAUUCCCUAAGCUUCUUUGCAGAUGCGCUCGCAUAGCUAAGGACCGCGGACUCUCGACAUUUGGAGUACACGACACUGGGACAUGCUGGGGCUCUAAAGAUGGCGAAGGGUACAAGAAGUAUGGCAAGUCUUCCGAGUGCCUCAAAGGYGAAAAAGAAAAUUGUCCGUCUGAAUCAGAGAAUUGCGCUGGUGGCAAGAAAUCAAUUUUUGUUUACAAAGUCAGCGAGAAUGGCAAGAAAAAGAGAUCUUUCAAUCCUAAGCUCACCAAGAAGUCCUUUGAUGAUGUUCUUGAUGACGUUGUUAACGCGUAAAACGUCGAACUCAACGAAGUAGAUAGUCCUGGUCUGUGAACCAGUGUCGAACAUUGUAAAGACGCACACAGCAUUGUCUUCAAACCUCUGCUUAUAACGGUUUAAUUAGAGAAAGUGAUGUAAAUUUUCCAUAAAGGAAUAUAUUAAAAGAACAUUAAAGUGA